AUAAACAAACGUGUCUUCUCACAAUCUUAAACUCGUCAAAGUCAUCACCGCAAUUACCAACUCCACUUGCUUUUCACCUUCUCUUCAUUUUUUCUCAUCAUCAAAAAAAUUCACAAAACAACAUUAAUGAUGAUGUUCAAAACAUACCAACAACAACAACAAUGUUUACUUUUUUUGUUUUUGUUCUGUUUCCUCUGUUUCUGUUCUGUUUCCACACGUGCUGCUUCAUCUUCAAGAUUCAGUAUCAAACAUGGUGAUUUCAUUAGAGACAAAGAAGGUGAAGUUUUAGUCUCAGAUGGUUUCAACUUUGUAAUGGGUUUUUUCGGUUUUGAAAAUUCUUCUUCUCGUUACGUUGGAAUUUGGUACUAUAACAUUCCUGAUUCUCAAGCUAUUUGGGUUGCAAAUAGAAACAAACCCAUUAAUGGAAAAGGUGGUUCUUUCACUAUAUCAACAAAUGGUAAUUUAGUUAUCAUAGAUGGAAACAAAAAACAAAUCUGGUCUACAAAUGUUUCUGUUACUCACAACAAUAAGAAUAACUCUGAAGCUGUUCUUGGAGAUGAUGGUAAUCUUGUUCUUUCAAAUGGGAAUGAUGUUUUGUGGCAAAGUUUUGAGAAUCCAACUGAUACUUAUGUUCCUGGUAUGAAAGUUCCUGUGAAUGGUAAAAAGAAAAGUUUUUUCUUUACUUCAUGGAAAUCAAGUACAGAUCCUUCAGAAGGUAAUCAUACUAUGGGAGUUGAUCCAGAAGGGUUACCACCACAGAUAGUAGUUUGGGAAGGAGAGAGAAGAAUAUGGAGAAGUGGUUAUUGGGAUGGUAGAAUUUUCAAUGGUGUUGAUAUGACAGGUAGUUUUCUUCAUGGUUUUGUGCUUAAUUGGGAUAGUAAUGGUAGGUCUUUUGUUUAUAAUGAUAAUGAGUUUAAGAUAAAUGGGACUAGUACAGUUAGGUUUCAGAUUGGUUGGGAUGGUAUUGAAAGAGAGUUUAUAUGGAAUCAAAAUGAGAAACGUUGGAGUCAGAUACAACAAGGGCCUCAUAAUCAGUGUGAGGUUUAUAACUAUUGUGGCGAUUUUGCAGCUUGUGAAUUGUCGGUUUCUGGUUCGGCUAUUUGUAAUUGUUUACAAGGGUUUGAACAAAAGGAUAAGAAACACUGGUCAAGUGGGUGUGAGAGGAUAACCGCGUUGAAGGGUGAUCAGAGAAAUGGGAAUGAUACUCGGGCGAAUAAUGUUGGCGAGGACAGUUUCUUCGACAGUAGAAGUAUGAAGUUACCCGAUUUCGCAAGUGUGGUAGAUACUGAGGAUUGUAAAGGUACUUGUUUGGGGAAUGCUUCUUGUACUGCUUAUGCACAAGUUAUUGGUAUUGGUUGUAUGAUUUGGUAUAGAGAUUUGGUUGACAUUCAACACUUUAAACGCGGUGGAAGUACAUUGCACAUUCGUCUUGCUCAUUCUGAUUUAGGCGAUGGAGGGAAAAACAACAGGAUUAUGAUUGUAAUAAUAUCAACUGUUCUAGCAGGACUAAUCUGUCUAGGAAUCAUGGUAUGCUUGGUAUGGAGAUACAAGAGAAAACUCAAAGUUUUGCCUAUAGUUUCUUCAGCUUCAUGUUGCAAUGAUAGUGACGUACUACCAGUCUUAGAUGCACGUAAGAGCACAGAGAUGUCGGCAGAAAUAUCAGGACCAGUUGAACUUGGUUUGGAAGGAAAUCAACUAAGCGGAGCAGAGCUUCCAUUUUACAAUUUCAGCUGCAUGUCAGUAGCCACCAACAAUUUUUCUGAAGAAAAUAAGCUCGGACAAGGCGGUUUCGGUCCUGUGUACAAGGGAAAGCUUCCGUCCGGAGAAGAAAUAGCUGUCAAGAGGCUUUCUAGACGCUCCGGCCAAGGUUUAGAGGAGUUUAAAAAUGAAAUGAUGUUGAUUGCAAAACUGCAACAUAGAAAUCUGGUUAGACUAAUGGGAUGUUCUAUUCAAGGGGAUGAAAAGUUGCUUGUAUACGAAUUUAUGCCGAACAAAAGCUUGGAUUGCUUUAUAUUUGAUCCUAUCAGGCAAACACAAUUAGAUUGGGCGAGACGAUAUGAAAUCAUUGAAGGUGUUGCAAGAGGACUACUUUAUCUGCAUCGCGAUUCAAGACUCAGAAUAAUUCAUCGAGACCUAAAAGCAAGCAACAUUUUGUUGGAUGAAAACAUGAACCCGAAAAUAUCAGACUUUGGCUUGGCCCGAAUAUUCGGUGGAAACCAGAGUGAGGCCAAUACAGCUAGAGUUGUUGGUACAUAUGGUUAUAUGUCUCCUGAAUAUGCCAUGGAAGGUCUAUUUUCAGUCAAAUCAGAUGUAUAUAGUUUUGGCGUAUUGCUACUAGAGAUUUUGAGCGGCCGCAGAAACACUAGCUUUCGUCAUUCAGAUGAUUCAAGUCUCAUAGGAUAUGCGUGGAAUCUUUGGAACGACCGUAGAGCAAUGGAACUUGUAGAUCCUUGCAUUCGUGAUUCGAGUCCUAAAAACAAAAUAUUGAGAUGCAUACAAAUAGGGAUGUUAUGUGUACAAGAUUCAGCAGCUCAAAGACCAAACAUGGCCAACGUUGUGUUGAUGCUUGAGAGUGAAGCAAAAACUCUUCCCAUCCCUACGCAGCCUUUGAUUACUUCGAUGAGAUACGAGGAUAGAGUGUUUAACAUGGAUGGUCUUGAUGUUUCAAAUGAUCUCACAGUAACAGUAUUGGUAGGGAGAUAGAUAGAAUCAGUGUCCUUUAUGAGUCAUUUUUGUUUGUAGACUCAUAGUUUUUUUUUGUUUUUUUUUAUUUUAUUUUUUAUUGAAACUAUAACCUUCAAAUUGAAUACAUUGUACAUAUCAAUUUGAUUUUUUUUUUACAUUAUAUUAAUUAUUAAUUUGUAAUUUGAGACUUUUUUUUUUUGGAUACUGUAAUUUGAGACUUUAGAAAAGUGCUUUGUAUACUUGACUUAAUAUGGGUUAGGAUGCAUCCUAUGAAA